GCGGCGCUGCGGCUGGCGCUGCACGCGCAAAAGGGCCAUCGCGCACUCUUGCGGCUGCACUGUGUGCACGUCGCACCACCCACAGUUGUUGCCGUGAGGAACUCUCCGAGGCUGCCCUUCGCGAACUCAGGACCUGUCCAGAGGGCAGCAGCCAAGACCUCACAGAGCCGCGGCCCGAGAGCUCGCACCACCGCGAACGCUUUCGACGCGCGACCACAACGGCCGGACCAUGUCGUCGACCGCCAAGCUCUUCUCGUCUCCCGGCUUCGGCCACAUCGACCCGAGCGUCGAGCGCGGCCAGCUGCGCAAGGAGAUCGACGCGGCGAUGACUCGCGUCGACAAGUUGCUGAAGAACAGCAAUAUCGAGGCGGCCGAGCGCAUCAAGAGGGUCGAGGACCUCAAAGACGAGAUCAAUCAGAAGAAGGCGCGCAUCGCCGAGAUCAAGGCGGCGGCGCGAAAAGCGUCGCGCGCGCCGACGCCGCCGGCGACGCCGCGCGAGCUCGCGCCCGUCGCGCCGCCGGGGUCGCGGUCGCCGCGGCCCGUCGUCCCGGUCCGGGUCGGCCCGCCCGGGCACACGCAGCCGUGGAGCCCGGACCGCGCGAAGGCGCUCAAGACGUA